CAACCUGAUCCCUUAAUCCAAAACCCUAACUCUAGCGCAAUUCCGCAUUGGAAAUGGAAUCCCGCCACCAAAACAUUGAACCGUCUUCUUCUCGAUCGCCGCGUCAUAAACCCUGGCCGAUAAUUAGGCUUCCUUGCUGCAUUAGCGUCGCCGUUUGCGAAGAGCCACCGGAAACGGAGCCGCCGACGAUCCGAUCGCCGCCUCCUUGUAUCCGGACAAGAUUUACAGAGUCCCCUGAGAUCAAGGAUUGUUGCCAGAUGCUGAUCGGAAAAUCUCCUCGCCGCCAUUGCGGAGAGUUUAGGUACGAUCCUGUUAGCUACGCUCUUAACUUCGAUAAUGGGGGUGAUGGAUUGAAUGCAGAGGAGUCUCGGCUACAAAACAACUCUUGACUCCCGGCAUUGUUGCCGGACCUUGUGUUGUGCAGUGCUGCCCUGUUAUAGGGGUUUCCUGUUAUAGAAGAUACAAAACCAUGCCUCUAAUGUAAGAUAUAAAAUAUAGUU